AUGGCUGGAAAGAUUGUGAAAGAAGUCGAGGCCACGGAGGUGGAAGCGGUCUCCACCGCAAAGUGCAGCUGCUGCGGAUUAGUGGAAGAGUGUACACACGCAUACAUUGCAUGCGUGAGGGAGCGAUUUGGGGGUCGAUGGAUAUGUGGUUUAUGUGCUGAGGCAGUGAAAGAAGAAAGGGUGAGAUCAGAGAGUGAGAAAAUAAUCACAAUGGAUGAAGCUUUAAGGCGACACACCAAGUUUUGCCAACAAUUCAAUUCUUCAGCUCCUCAUAACAAGGAUUUCAUACUUGCUGUUAAACAAAUCCUUUUUAGGACUUUGGAUUCUCCUAGGAAGGAAAGUUUUGCUUGUCGACCACUUGGUAGAUCUCAUAGUUGUUUCUCAACAAUGCAAACAACUCCACCAAGGACCACAGAGACACAAACAGAGUGA